AUGGCUGCAUCACCGGCGGCACCGGCAUCCCGGAGCCCCGCCCGCGGCGACGCGCAGCGCCCGUCCCGCGGCGGCCCCGGCGGCCCCGAGGCGGGCACGGAGAGCGGCGGCGGCGGCGGCAGCAGCAGCCCCGGCGCGGUGGAGCUGGCGGCGGCCCGGCGGCGGCUGGUGGCGGCGGAGGGGCGGCGGCGGGCGGCGGCGGAGCUGGAGGGGCGCGUGUGGCAGGUGCACUGCGCCCUGCGGCACGCAGAGCUCCGCCUGGCCGCCCGGGCAGAGACCCUGGGCCGGCUCGGGGCCGGCGUGGCACAGGCACAGCUGGCGCUGGCGGCCCAGAGCCAGCGGCUGCAGAAGGGGCUCCGCCGCCGCCCGCGCCCCCGGCCCGCCGCGCUCCUCGCCGCCGCCCGCGCCCUCCGCAGCUGCGUGCCCUGGGCACCGUCCCGGGCGCGGGGGGCGGCCGCGGGGACCCCCGUGCGCCGGCUGCCGGCGGCGCCCCGCGGGUCCGCGUAG